CACGCGGCAUUUUCCGCGCUUUAAUUACUUCCAGCUUUGUUCGUUGCCCUCGAGGCUGUUUUCGAGUCUAUUUCGUCCCAUUUUCCUUCCAAACGUCACCCUAGGUGCUUCUUCGAUUCUAGAAAUGCCGAGGAAGCGUAAGCAUUCGAGUGAAGAAGAAGAGGAGGAGGAAGAAGAAGUUGAAAAUAAUCUUCGAACGAAGCGGCGCGCUGCUGUGGAGGCACGUGAUCGAGUAGCGGCCAAGGAAGGCGCGAGCGACGAUGAAGACGAAGAAGAUGACCUGGACGAGGACGACGACGAUGAUAAGGAUGAAGAUUACGAAGGGGAAGGAGUAGGAGAUGAGGAAGGAGACGAAGAAGGCGAUGAAGAUGAUGAAGAGGAGGACGAAAAUGACGGCGCUGUAGGAGCAGAGGGCGAAGAUGACGAGGAAGACGAUGAAGAAGUCGAAGAUGAGGAUCAAGAACCGGACACAGUUGAAUGUAUUCUAGCAGAUUUGGAAGAACCAACGUCAGAUACUCCAGGUUAUGUAUUAAGGAAAAAAGACAGCCCCAAGAAAAUGGAACUCUGUUUUAUGGGAGAAAUGAGGGAAACAUUGGUGGAUGCUACUGAAGUUUUUCAAACACAUUUUGAGGAGAAGAAACUACCUGUUCUCCAGAUUACAAAAUUUGACAUGAUAGGAGACACUAGUGAUACCACACAGGUUGAUGUUUUGGAGAUCAAAUAUGACAAGGCAUAUGACAUCAGAGAAUUAGACGAUGACAAUGAUGACAUACUUUCACAAAAUUUUUAUUGUGUUGUCAGAGUAGAGGGAAUGGAUGGCACUUGGGCUACACAAUAUUUUCUACCAGAACCCGAGGACUGAUUUCAACAGGAUUUAGGCAUGAUUGGGCAAAAGCUUUCAAACCUAGCAAAUCUGUAAAAACGAAAAAGAAAACAUGUUUGUAGACCACAGAAAAUUUGAUGAUCUUGUUGUUAAAGUGGUACCUUUGUACUAGAUUUAAGCACAGUAUAAAGUGUGUUGUUAAAUUCUCUGUUGUGUUAUAUUGUAACUAGGUAUCUUUGUAAAGGUAGCUGUGUUUAUUUUGUCUGUUGUAGUAGGUUUGAUGUAGGCCAUACUCUGUUGACAGGUUUCGUUCCUUCCAAGGAAGCACAGGGUCACCUCUUAAACACUAACAAAAGUCCAGAUUAGGCAGAGCUAUAACUUAAAAUUGCAAAUUAAUAUAGUUAGUAUUUGAAAUUUGGAAAGGCAGGUUGAUGACCAUCUUUUUUUGUGAGAUUACUGCAUUGAAGCAAGGGUCACAGCUAAAAUUGUGCUUGUGGUUUUUUUGUAAGUUUUGUAGUUUAGAUAUUUGUAAAAAAUAAAUGAAAGUUAAUGGCACUAUGAUGACA